AAUGGCAGGCACUCUUGCUUUCUUAACAAGGAAACGCAGAGAGACUAAGCCGGUGAAAAUGGCUUUGAGAGACGCUAGAGAGCGGUGGGAGGUCCAUUUCUCUCGCUUCUUCGGCUACCCUCCUAUCAGCUCCACGUGUCCAGAUCUCGUCCCUCUGCCUACCAAGGUCAGAAAUCGACGGCCAGCUGGCAACUGGGUCUCCUCCUCCCUCCCAGCUCUUCUCCAGCUUGUUCACGACCAGUCCAUCUCCGAAGUCCUCCUCACUGUGUGUUUUAGUGGCAAGGUUCUGGAGGAGCACUAUGUUUCCAAGCUACAGUUUGUCUGGCCUCAGGUCUCAUGCAACCCUGGAUUUCCUGCCAGGGGUACUCGAGCCGUGUUUAUCAGCUACAGAGAUUGUGUGGGCGAGGUCCAGAAAUUUGCCUUGCGAUUUUUGUCAGUCGAUGAGGCACAGAGAUUCAUGAAUUCGUUGAAGGAGAUCUUCAACAUAGGGAGAGAUAUUGAACCUCUCAAUAUUGACAUGGGAUCUGAAAUUUCAGCAGAGUCUGAGUUCAUGUCUUCUAAUAUACCCCUCAGCCGGGUUUCCACAGACUUGAAUAUCAUGCCUCCGUCUCAGACUUGUACUACUCAAAUAUCACCAAGCCUGAAUAAUCAAGCUAAGCCAUACUUGCGUACUCAGGAAGUGAAAAAUAUUCAUAACUUCCAGAGAAACUUUCCAGCCUUUCCUCCAGGUUUCACCUCAUUGUCAAGUGACUGUCACCCUGCUGUUGAACAUGGGGAAGCAAAAUCAGCUGUAUCAGAGGCAGUCAAUCUCAACUCCCAAAUCUUGCCUCCUAGUUUCACCUCGUGGCUUAGCAACUCUCAUCCUGUUGUAGAACAAGUGGCAGCACAAUCAACUGUAUCGCAGGAAGUCGUAUCACAAGAAGUCAAUCUCAUAUCCCAACUUGCGAGAUAUGGGAGAGAUGCUUCCUUCCAAGAUAUGUUGACUAAAAUGGAGAGAGUUAUCCAUGAAAUGGGGGGUGAUUUGACACUGUAGUUGUUCAUGGCCAUGUAUCAUCUAAAUCAGUUAGCAUUCUUCUCUGGUUCUUCCUGACUUUGAUCCCCAUUUCUCUGAUUUUCGAAUGUAUCGAACCGUACUCAAGUUUCUUAUAAUAGGGUUUUAUAGCUAAGUGGAAUCCUGCAAUAGCUCUGUCUCUGAAAUUUUGUCUUUAAAGCUUUGUCAUUUUAUUGUUUCAAUAAUUAGCAAACCUUUUGCAGGUC